CAGAUUGACUUCCCAAUUCCAAAACCCCAAAAUACGCUCAAUUCUACUGGAAGGAGUUUGGCUGGGAGAAGAGGCGAGCUAGUAUGGAGAAUCUAAAAAGGUGAGGGGAAACAGAAGGAAAGGGAGAAUCGGAGGUUGCAGAGGGACGCAGAAGAGGAAGAUUCUGAGCGGACAGAGCACGCAGGAGAGGGAAGAAUCGAGGGUGGCUCAGUAAGAGUAAGAAUUUUGGUGUAGAUGUUUAUUAUGCCUUGUGCUUGAUCCUGUGUUUGUGCUUGAUUUUAGGGGAAGUUCUAAUAAACUUGAGAUUACUAUGUCUUCUAAAUCAUGCGGUUCUAGCCUGUUGAUUGCUCUGCCUGAUGAUGUAUUCUCCAUUAUUUCUCGCUCCCUUUCGCCCCGGGACGUAUGUAGUCUUAGUCUCUGCUGCAAGAUUCUGUAUGAAUUAGUGUCUUCUGAAAAAAUUUGGUUUACACAAUGUGAUAUGAUAGGAGUUUUGACCGGUAGGGACCUUGUUGAGUGGCGACAGGGUGUAUCAUCUUAUAAGGCACUUUGCCGGUUCCUUCUUAGUUUAGCUCCCUUAAUUGGAAUUUGGGUUCAUCAAAACCCUGAGCUUGGUAAUGUAGUCUAUGUGAUGCCAGGCUUUGUUUCCGUGGUGGGGUGCCGUGUAAUCCCACAAGAGCUUGGUCCAUUAGGAAUUGAGGAUGGCCCCAUUUUGUGGGCACCAGUGUUUGAAAUAAUUGGUGAUUUUGAUGGUUCCACCAUAUUUUUUUUGCAUGGGAGGGAUAAAGGAUAUGAUUGUCUUUAUCCUGGGUUACUGAAGUCUGUUGACAGGGAUUGCAAUGUGCUAUGGCUUGAGGUUGAGCCUGGACAACAGAGAAAUGGUUGUGAAUCGUUGCAUAGUGAGAGCUCAGAACAUUACUCGGACAAGGAGAUUUCAAGAAGGUUUUGUAGGUCAAGUGGUGAACUAUCUAGGUCAGAUCAGGUGUCAGAACAGAGUGAGACUGUUGUUCCUUUUAGUCGAUUGGCUUUUAGUGACAGAAGAAUGUUGCUUGAGAAGGUUACCGGUCAAGUUUGUCUUCAGGUUCCUGAUUCUGCCAGUGGGCCACUAUUUCCUCGAUUGAGGGAUGAUGUGCAGAACUUUCAGAAAGAUAUAUUGCUCUUAUCAGAAAGGAGAUCAUUGCUUCUGAAAAUGUGUGAGUUCAGUGUUGAUUGCAAUGACAUAGGGAAGGCAGAUUGUGAAAUGCCUGCUAAUUCUACACAGUUAAAACUGAGGGAGUUCAGAAUGAAUCUUGAUUGCUCUACUGGAUGUUAUCAUCCUUUAAAUGGGGAUGAUAGCCACACACAAAUCAGCAAGAGGAAAACAAUUGGUGGGUAUAUCAGAGGUAGCCUCAAACAAAUUCUUGGUUGGUCUAGUUCAAACAACAGUAGCCAUGCAACCCGUUCCAUUUUCAAAAGUAGUUCUUCAAAUGGUGAGAAGAGGUAUGCUCAACUUAAUGAAUUUCUGAAGACAGCGUAUACUAUAGGUUUGACUCUGCGUGCUUCUAGAAUGAAGUUAUCUUCUUAUCGAGGAUGGCCAAAUAUGCCUGAGACUCGAUUUGCACUUUACAAGUUGCCCAUAUUGGUCCCUAAAGCAGACCAAGAAUAUGCUGGUUUAUGGGGUGGAACUUUCGGUUGGCCUCCUGGGAAACCUUCUGAAGACAAGCCUGGAAAGGCUCUGUUCUUUCUUUUGCUCUCUUAUGAGGAGUCAGAGGGGCAACGGCUCCUUAUUGCAACCAAAAUAUUGGAAGGUACACACUAUGUUCUCCAUCCAAAUGGUUCUCCAAUGUUCAUUGUGAAUAUAGACGAGCCUGCACAGGAGCAAUUUCCCUGGAAUAUUGAUGCAAACUCUAAUCCUGUCAAUAUCAAGCAUGCCUUUGUGGGGGAGGGUAUUGCGAAUGGCUAUGGUUUCAGAUACCCUGGCGCAAAGCCAGGUUCUCUCUUUGUAAUUCAAAAUGGUAUUCUGGCAUUCAUUUGGAAGGAAACAAAGAGUGUGUUGACACUGCAAAGAAUCAACUUGCAAGAGCUUUUGAAGAAAGGUGAAAGGGUGCCUCCUUUACCUCCAGUUGCCAACUUUUCUUAUUUGACCAAGUCCUACUCAAAUGUGUAUGCUGGCUUCUCAAACACCUCAACUUGUUUCACUUCUCCACGAAUGGCAGAUACUUAGUGAAUUAUUGGCAGUUGAAUAAUUCUCAAGUACUCAGCAGUAUUUGCACAACUAUGCUUUCAUUUAUGAUAUGAAGCUGGCGCUGGCUGCUGCCAAUGUGACACCAAUUGCUUUCGAAGAUGGCCUAAAUGUCAGUGUGCUCAGACAUUGUGAAAGUUUAGACUUAUUUACAUGCUCUAGGUAGAAGCAUUCCAGCUCAAAAGAAGUGAUAAAAUGCUGUAAGCUGCAUGUGGGAGGUGAGGUUUCUAUGGAAACUUUUCCCCCUUUUUUUUUUUCGACCAAAAAAAAAAAAAAAAUGCACACCAGUUACGGUAGGCUGCUUCUUCUGGCCUUUAUUCUGUUCCUUUUACAUCAUGAAUUAGAGCCUGGGAUUUUUGGAUAUGUUUUUGCCGUGAAAUUGCGUGACUCUAUUUUGUUGCUGUAUGAUUAGAAUAAUGAAAAUGGAUUGAGGUU